AUCAGUGGAUCAUCGAUCAACGGAAAGAGCCGAAGAUGUCGGCUCGGCCAUGUGAUCAGCUGUGUCCAAUCACAGCUGAUCACAUGGGACAUGUACACUGACCAUCAGGGCACUGGUGAUCAGUGUGCCCUGAUGAUCAGUGUAGCCCCAGCAGUGCCACCUGUCAGUGUCAAUCAAUGCCAGCUGUCAGUGCUCAUCAAUGCCACAUAUCAGUGCCCAUCUGAGCUGCCUUUCAGUGUCACCUAUCAACGCCAGUCAGUGCCACCUAUCAGUGCUGCCAAUCAGUGCCAGUCAGUGCCACCUAACAGUGCCAGUCAGUGCCAUCUAUCAGUGCCAUAUAUGAGUGCUGCCUUUCAGUGCCCAUCAGUG